AACCCUAAACCCUUCUUCCUCCCGCUCACCUUCCUUCCUUCCUAAUUCCUGUCUGUAAUCCUCAACAACAGAAAACACUCCUCUCUGUAGUCCCUCCCUUUCUCCGUCUCUCUCCGCCGGCGCCCAGUGGCCAUAGUUUCAGUCCGGACCUUCGGAGAACCAGAGAAUUAGCCAUGGUGAAGUCGUACCUGCGGUAUGAGCAGGCGGUGGCUUUCGGUGUCAUUGUCUCCGUCGAUUCCAACAUCACAUACGGCAGCUCCGGGAAGCACCUUCUUGCUCCGGCCUUGGAGAAGGUAGGUGUGUGGCAUGUACGGCAAGGCGUUUGUACCAGAACACUAAUCCCUGCUGCUGCAUCGCGGGGACACUCUCUAUCUGUCACCUCCAUCGCAUCCUCGCAUACUUCUAUGGUAGCUAGUGGGUAUGCUGAUGGUAGUAUAAGAAUUUGGGAUUCCGACAAAGGAACCUGCGAGACCACAUUGAAUGGACAUAAAGGAGCUGUCACCGCUUUACGCUACAACAAGCUUGGAUCUAUGCUUGCAUCUGGAGGAAAAGAUAAUGACAUUAUAUUAUGGGAUGUGGUUGGUGAGACCGGCCUAUAUCGCCUCCGUGGCCAUCGAGAUCAGGUGACUGACCUCCUUUUCCUGGAUUCUGGUAAAAAACUCGUCAGUUCCUCAAAAGAUAAAUUUUUGAGGGUGUGGGAUCUUGAUACCCAGCAUUGCAUGCAGACAAUUAGUGGCCACCAUAGCGAAAUUUGGUCCAUAGACAGUGAUGCAGAAGAAAGAUAUUUGGUCACUGGGUCUUCGGAUCCAGAACUUAGGUUUUACACAAUUAAGCAUGAAGUGAUACAUGAGGAAUCCAUUUCUAAUAUAGGCGAAAAUGAAAUUGUGAAUGAUGGAGAGUCAUCGACCAAAAAUAAAUGGGAAGUUUUGAAACUGUUUGGUGAAGUUCAGCGACAAAGCAAGGAUAGAGUUGCAACUGUGAGAUUCAACAAGUCUGGUAAUUUGUUGGCUUGUCAAGUGGCAGGUAAGACAGUAGAUGUAUUCCAGGUACUAGAUGAGGCUGAAUCAAAGCGUAAGGCAAAACGUAGGCUUCACCGGAAGAAAGAAAAAAAAUCUGCAAAAGGGGCAACUGAGGUGAUGGAAAAUGGCGACACAAAUCACGGAGCUGGAGAAGAAGGAAAUAGUCCUGUGGUUAUGGUUCCUGAUGUCUUCAAGCUUCUUCAAACUAUUCGAGCUAGCAAAAAGAUAUGCUCCAUCUCUUUCUGUCCUAACACUCCAAAGAGUUUGCUAGCUACAAUAGCUUUGUCUUUGAACAAUAAUUCAUUGGAAUUUUAUUCGAUUGAAAGCAAAGCAACAACAAAAACACAUACUAUAGAGCUCCAAGGGCACCGGUCUGAUGUCAGAAGUGUUACACUUAGCUCAGACAACACACUCUUGAUGUCAACUAGUCACAAUGCGGUAAAGAUUUGGAAUCCAAGCACUGGUUCCUGCCUUCGAACUAUUGAUUCUGGAUAUGGCAUGUGUGGUUUUAUCGUUCCUAAUAGCAAGUAUGCACUUGUCGGAACUAAAGGCGGAACAGUGGAAAUUAUUGACAUUGGAAGUGGCACUUGCAUUGAAGUAGUGGAAGCUCAUGGUGGCACUGUUGGCUCCAUUGCAGCCAUUCCCAAUGAAAAUGGUUUUGUCACAGGAAGUGCAGAUCACGAUGUGAAGUUUUGGGAAUACCAAGUUAAACAAAAGUCUCCCCAAGACUCUAAGCACCUAACGGUGUCAAAUGUAAGGACUAUGAAGAUGAAUGAUGAUGUCCUUGUGGUUGCUGUCAGCCCUGAUGCAAAAUAUGUUUUGGUUGCUCUGUUGGACUGCACAGUGAAGGUUUACUAUAUGGAUACGUUGAAACCUUUCCUUUCCUUAUAUGGUCACAAGCUGCCUGUUCUAUGCAUGGAUUUAUCAUCUGAUGGCGAUCUAUUAGUGACUGGAUCUGCUGACAAAAAUUUGAAGAUUUGGGGUUUAGAUUUUGGUGAUUGUCAUAAAUCCAUAUUCGCUCAUGCUGACAGUGUCAUGGCGGUGCAAUUUGUACGAAAUACACAUUACAUGUUUAGUGUCGGGAAAGAUCGCCUAGUCAAAUACUGGGACGCUGAUAAAUUUGAGUUGCUUUUAACUCUUGAGGGACACCAUGCGGAUGUUUGGUGCCUUGGAAUUAGUAACCGUGGUGAUUUCAUUGUUACGGGAUCUCAUGACCGAUCAAUACGUCGUUGGGAUCGUACUGAAGAGCCCUUUUUUAUCGAGGAAGAGAAAGAGAAAAGGUUGGAAGAGAUGUUUGAGUCUGACCUCGAUAAUGCAUUUGAGAACAAGUAUGCACCCACGGAAGAAAUUCCUGAAGAGGGAGCUGUGGCCUUAGCAGGGAAGAAAUCAAAAGAAACAAUUACAGCUACUGAUUCAAUUAUUGACGCACUAGAUAUAGCAGAGGUAGAAUUGAAGCGAAUCGCCGAACAUGAGGAGGAGAAAAGCAAGGGGAAAGUUGCUGAGUUACAACCAAAUGUUGUUUUGCUUGGGCUCUCUCCAUCUGAUUAUGUUCUUCGUGCCCUUUCAAAUGUUCAGACAAAUGAUCUGGAACAGACGCUACUGGCUCUAUCAUUCUCAGACGCUUUGAAGCUCUUGUCUUUCUUGAAGGACUGGACUUCGAAUCCUGAUAAGAUUGAACUUGUUUGCAGGGUUUGUACAUUCCUGGUGCAGAUACAUUAUAAUCAGUUACUUAGUACGCUGGCAGCCAGACUUGUGUUGUCAGAGUUGGAAGAGAUUUAUCCAAGAGUUAAGGAAUGCAAAGAUACUAUUGGUUACAACAUUGCAGCAAUGGAGCAUAUUAAGCAACUGAGGGCUUCGAAAUCAGGUGGAUUGUUUCAAGAUGCAAAAUCAAAGUUACAGGAAAUUCGUGCGCAGCAUUCUAAGAGUCUAGAAGCAAGGACAAAUACGAGAGAAGAAAUGAGAAAGAGGAGGAGAAAGAGCAAGAAUCCAAGUGACGUACAUGUUAGAUUGUUCGACAAAUGAGUUAAGUCUACAAUAACUGGCUGUUUUGAGAAAUUUGCGUUGUGGGAUUAAUGCACGCUAAGCCUAUUAGUGUUGAAGUAUUCUUCACUGACUGGAAGGGCCUCGUGGAUGCCCAAUGCUACUGUCAGUUUCAUCAAGACAAGUGCAGAAGUUUUCCUCAAAUUGUUUACGUUUCGUUGUUUGCAUACUGCACUGGUGGUGGUUCAUCCCAGAGUUUUCAAGGCACUGAAAAUCGCCCGGUGUUCUGCUGGGAAUCUUGUAGUGGAAAGGAUAGGGGAGACUCCAAUUUGGUAGCCAGUUUAAAUCAGACUUCUUGUUGUAGUUUAUUAACGGUAGCCGAGGAAAUCUUACUAAACAUUUUAUCUGGUUGAUGCCAACACUGUUCCAAUUACUUAAAUUUACCAUAAAUCUAAAGGAAUUUUAACGAAAA